AUGGUUAAUUAUUAUGAGGUUUUAGGAGUAUCAAGAUCUGCAUCUGCAGAUGAUAUUAAAAAGGCCUACCGACAGUUGGCCUUAAAAGUACAUCCUGACAAGAAUCCUGGAAACCCGGAAGCAGCUGAAAAGAAAUUUGUAGAGAUCUCUAAAGCGUAUGAGGUCUUAUCUGAUACUAAAAAACGAGAUGCCUAUGACCAAUGCAGCAAAAAGAAGCUAAAUGAAAAAAAACCUGCUGGAGGACAAGAUAGAGUUGGAAAUGUGCAGAGAAGUGGCCAUGGGGACAAACGAUAUGGGAGAAGACAGGAGGACCCUGAAUUCAGCUUCUUCAGACCCGACCUGAACAUAAAGAUGGGUUCCUUUUCUCAAGAUAUCUUUGACAAUCUGUUUGAAGAUUUUUCUGGGCUUCAGCUAAAUCCCCGCAGAAGUAGAAGCAAAACUGACAGGAGCUUUUCGGUUUCUAUCACGGGCGUCUCCCCCAUUGCAGGAACUGGUUUCACUUCCUUUGGUUCUAACAUCCCAGGGAGCUGCUCUCGCUCCUCCAUCACGUCUCUAAACAGGGGCAAAAAUGGCAAAUUCCGCUCCAUCAUCACAACCAGCAAAAUUGUGGAUGGCAAGAAAAUCAUCACAAAGAGAACAAUAGUGAAUGGCAAAGGAAGUGUUGAAAAAGAUGAAGAUCCCAUCUGUCACUGAAGUGUUUUCAGGAUAUUCCAGGUAAGGACAGCUGCUAUGCUAGAAAUUAUUUUAAAACAUAUGCUAUGU